AGUCAUUGUGAUCCACGAGGGUGGACCCGGCAACAGCGGGUCUCCCACCCUUUUGGUGGCUCUGGUGGUCAUCUUUUCUCAUAUGUUGGCUGGGUCUAAGCCUAGACUUGGCUGUGAGUGCUCAGGUGCUGUAGAGGGGCCUCUUAGUGACAGCCUAUUUCCUUCUGAGUUAGCACUAAACCCAAGGCUCUUAGUCAGGUGACCGUGAAGUCCCGCCACCAUGUUUUUCUCUCAAGGUGGCUGCGCCUCAGGUACGAAGUAUUUCAGUGAUGGGUGAAGUCAGGUUUCUUCUACCCAGUUCUUCCUUUUUGCUUACACCUGUGGGAGAGCAUCCUCGACCUUGGCACAGAAGAACAAACCAAAGCACCACAAGCCUAUGUCCUAUCACCACGAUUCGUUGCUACCACAGCAUUGCUCAAGCCAGACUCCUAAGCUGUUUCAUUUCAGGCCGGCAUUCUCACGCUCAGCUGUGUUCGCAUGUGGAGUUGAAGUUCACUUGAGGUGUGGUGUCAAGAGAACCCAAGGGCUUGUCUGUUGCUCCUUGAUUAAGGCUUCAGGGCAUCAAAAGUCAGCCCGUCAGUGUUAUGAUGUAUCCAGCUGGUCCAGGAUCCGGUGACUCCCCAGAGGGCUUCUCUGAACAGCCAAGGCUUCAGCCACAAAUUGGAAAUGGCACAGCUCAGACACUGGAUGCUUUCUUUACAUGUCGAAAAAAUGCCCUUCUGGCGAAGAGCUCAUCUCCCCAGGUAGAGGGUAACUUUGCCAUGGCCCCUCGGGGGCCUGACCAAGAAGAGUGUGAGGGCCUGCUGCAGCAGUGGCGAGAAGAAGGGUGGAACCAGACACCCUCAACUGCAAGCGAGGGUCCCCUUGCGGAUAAGGGACUAGCUGAGAGCAGUCUGGCCCUCCUGAUGGAUAAUUCUGGAGAACAGGAUGCUGCCUCGGAGGACAAGUGGUCCAGCAGGCAGCUGAGUGACCUUCGGGCAGCAGAGAACCUGAACCAGCCUUUCCCUGAGGUGCUAGGGGAGGAGCCUCUGGCCGAGGUUGAGGGUCCUUUGUGGGCGGCUGUUCCGGUACAGACAGGGCCCCAGUAUGCAGAUUGUGCUGUUCUUCCAAUGGGUGCGAUGGCCGCAGAACAGUGGGAAGAGGACCCUGCAAUGGUGGCCUGGAGCAUAGCACCGGAGCCUAUGCCCCAGGAGGAGACUUCCAUGUGGCCCUUUGAAGGCCUGGAACAGCUGCAGCCUCCCCCAAUGGAAAUACCUUAUCAUGAAAUCCUGUGGCGAGAAUGGGAGGAUUUCUCCACACAGCCAGAUGCUCAGGGUCUGGAGGCAGGAGACGGCCCUCAGUUCCAGUUCACUCUGAUGUCGUAUAAUAUCCUGGCCCAGGACCUGAUGCAGCAGAGCUCAGAGCUCUAUCUGCAUUGCCAUCCAGACAUCCUCAACUGGAAUUACCGCUUUGCCAACCUCAUGCAGGAAUUCCAGCACUGGGACCCGGAUAUCCUGUGUCUUCAGGAAGUCCAGGAAGACCACUACUGGGAGCAGCUGGAGCCCUCUCUGCGGAUGAUGGGCUUCACCUGUUUUUACAAGAGGAGGACUGGGUGUAAAACGGAUGGCUGUGCUGUGUGCUACAAGCCCACCAGGUUCCGUCUGCUCUGUGCCAGCCCUGUGGAGUACUUCCGGCCUGGGUUGGAGCUCCUCAACCGGGACAAUGUGGGCUUAGUGUUGCUGCUGCAGCCGCUAGUGCCAGAAGGUCUGGGGCAAGUCUCAGUGGCUCCCCUGUGUGUGGCAAAUACCCAUGUCCUGUACAACCCGCGUCGGGGUGAUGUCAAGCUGGCCCAGAUGGCCAUUCUUCUGGCCGAGGUGGACAAGGUGGCCAGGUUGUCAGAUGGCAGCCACUGCCCCAUCAUCUUGUGUGGGGACCUGAAUUCUGUCCCUGACUCACCUCUCUACAACUUCAUCAGGGAUGGAGAGCUCCAGUACAAUGGCAUGCCAGCCUGGAAGGUUUCUGGACAGGAAGACUUCUCUCAUCAGCUUUACCAGAGGAAGCUGCAGGCCCCACUGUGGCCCAGCUCCCUGGGCAUCACUGACUGCUGUCAAUAUGUCACCUCCUGUCAUCCCAAGAGAUCAGAGAGACUGAAAUAUGGCCGAGACUUCCUACUACGAUUCCGCUUCUGUGACCUCGCUUGCCAGCGACCAGUGGGACUGGUUCUAAUGGAAGGAGUGACAGACACUAAGCCAGAUCGACCUGCUGGUUGGGCCGAGUGUAUCUUUGAGGAAGAGAUAUCUGAACUUGAGCCUGUCUUCCCCAGGACUAUAGGCACCAUCCAGCACUGCCUCCACCUGACCUCAGUGUAUACCCACUUCCUGCCCCAGCAUGGCUGCCCAGAGGUCACCACGAUGCCCUUAGGGCUUGGGAUGACAGUGGAUUACAUUUUCUUCUCAGCUGAAUCCUGUGAGAAUGAGAACAGAACCGAUCACAGACUGGAUCGAGAUGGAACUCUCAAGCUCCUGGGCCGCCUCUCCCUCCUCUCUGAAGAGAUUCUCUGGGCUGCCAAUGGCUUACCCAACCCCUUCUACUCUUCAGACCAUCUCUGCUUGCUUGCCAGCUUCGGCAUGGAAGUCACUGCCCCAUGAGGGGCCCCAGGGAAAGAGCUCACUGGACCGACGACUGCAAAUGCCCCGUGCUGUGGAAACUUCCGUCCCUUCCCUCGUCCCCUCCUGCCCGUGGUUAGACUUUCUCCAGGCCUGUCCACGUUCUUGGCCUGUGGUCCCUGCCCUGCCCCAACCUCUUCCUAAUCCUGGGCCACAUGCUAGGUGGCCCCUCGAGAGGUGGAGAAUACUCCCCUUUCUUCCAUGUACCCAGCACCCCUCCCCCCAUUGAUUUUUUUUUAAUGACCAGGGUUGCGGGAGUUAUUGAUCUCAUUGGUUAUUCGCUUUCAGGCCAUUUCUUGGUGGCACCCUCUGACCCAACCUUCCCUUUCCUUUCAUGACCUCUGGGCUCUGGCAUGCACAUGAGCAAGGUGUGUGUAAAGCGUGAGUUCUCUUGGAGCGGGACUGCCCAGCACAGCCAAAGCCUACCUCUGCCUAGUCCAUGUGCUACCUAUCAUGAGCUGCUGGGCUAGACACAGGUUGAAAGCAUGACAUAGUAGCUGUGUGCUGCCGGGAAGCAGCAGGUGUGGGGCCCUUCUCUCCCAGUCAGUCAUCUCAGCAUCCUGGGCACACUUGUUAUUUCUGGAGACAAAUUGGCCCCCAGCCUGGAGCAAGCAGCUCAGGGAUGCCCUAACCUCAGAUCUCCUCACUGCCUUCCUUGAGGAAAGCGGGUGGAUGCCUUGUGCUGGGGUUCACUGGGCUGGCACAGUGCUGGGAGGCUAUGGCAUUUGAAGGGUGAGGAGACUGAGCCUUCAGGGAACUGUUGUCUCACCAGACUCUGAAGAACUGGGUAAGAGUUGGAGUCCCAGCAGAAAGAGCAGGAGGCUCUACAGCAGCCUUGGCCAGCACUGGAGCCCCAGAGGGCUUGAUCUCUGACCUCUGCGUACCUAAGAAAGUUUCUUUUCUUCUUCUCUCUCCUCCUCCUCCCCUCCUUUGUUCCCUCCCAUUUUCUCUCUGGAGAAGCCCGCUGUUUAGCUCAGGCCAAAACAUCUCAACAGAAGCCUGGCUUGGGGCAAACUAGGUCUAAGAACUCAGGGUGGCAGUGCUUGCCCAUGUGCUCUGCCUUUUCCUCCCCAAACAUGGGCUCCGCCCGCUCCCCUAACCUACUGAAAACCCCUGCAGCCCAGACCGUGUCACCUGCAUGCCUUACUCACUGCUGGGGUGCAGCCUAGGGUGACCUCAGGCCAGAGCCUCCACAUAGCUUCAACUCAGAAGAUCUGCUGGCCCAGAGAUGAGGGGAUUGACUGAGGCUGCAGUUAGGCAUGGUGGAGCAGCAGUUACACCCUUCCCUUGAGUUGAAAGCCAGAGACCUGUCUGGAAUGCUGCUGCUGCUGCUGCUGCUGCUGCGUUGCUGACUCUCAGCUUCCCAUGCUCAGGUCUGGGGGACGUCUUUUCUUAUGUGUGUCUUAUUUUUAAGUUUUGUUAUCUGGGUACUGGACAUCUGCCUGUCUGAGCCCCAGGCCCAUCUGUCUGUCCACAGCCCACUUUUCACCGUCACUCUCUGGGCACCUCCUGAGAUGGUUCCACAACCGUGCCCUGUUGGUUCUCAGAACAGGGGCCAAUGAUUGUUCCCCCUGCCAGGAAAUGCAGGUUCAACUGCUAAAGGAGGCAGAGGGUCAGAGCUUGGUGGUUUAUCUUUUCCUUGUUUCUCCUUGUUUCUGUUUUAGAAAUGAAGUGUGGGGGUUUAAAUGGCACUUAAACUGCACCCUGGAGCCGGCAGAACCAGGCAACGUUUUUCCAAAUAAAGGCUUACCAUGCCCCCUACGUUGUUAGCCUUGUUAUUGGGACUCUGAAAAGCACGGGGUUUGAGAGAGAGCUGGAGAAUGUGUGGGCAGAGGAAGGGUCUGUGGAGCUUAGGUCCUGAGGGUGGGGCCUCGGGAUCUAAACGGAGAACAGAAAUGUUUGCCAUCUGUCUCCGUUGUCUUCCCUGUGCUCUGAGGUUUGGGGGAGGGGGGCAGGGUUUGAGUGAAGUCCCCUGCCCUGCCCUGCCCUUCGCAGGGUGCAGCUGCCUUCUCUGUCCCCAUAUGAGAAAAGAGGGGGCUCUAAUUUAGCUGCUUUUUGCUCUUACUCCAUCUGCUGCCUUGUGUCUCUGUAGACUUUUACAGACGGGUUGGUGUAGAAAGCGGGGUGUUCCUGGUCAAAGCAGCGGCAGCUCUGUGAGGCGAGACGUGUGUGGCAGAUGCUCUUGCUGGGUAUCUAUUUCUGAUCAUCUCUUGUAGUCGAGCCAGGGCUGAGCUGUGGGCCAUCUGUCACUGGAACACUUCUCUUCCUUGCCGGGCCUAACUGCUAUCAUUUCUGUCUUUCUCUGAUGCAGUAUGCCAAGCCAAAGCCAAGCGAGAGGAAGGUAUGAUUUUCUGUCUUACCUCAACAAAUUGCCAGCCCCAGACUCAAUCUCUAGUUGCUGUCUCUCCGGGGACCUGGUGUUAUUUAAGCUGGUGAACUCUGGGCCAGAGUCCACUGAUUUAGGAGAAAGCAAAUUUAGCCAGGGAGUAGGAUUAAGGAGCCUUAGCUUGGCUAGCCUGGUUGUUGAUUAAGGAAGUCACUUAAUUCCUCCGCCUUUGAGUUUGCAUCCUUUGAUGAAAGGAGGUUGAAGGAGUACUUGUGAGGGCUUUUUAGACCUGUAUUGCUUGUGCCAUGGCAAGGAAAGGAUGCUGAGUGCCAAAAACUUGUAGUAGGAGAUUGAACCCAAUGGCUUUCCCCAGAAAGGUGGGAAGAUUGGCCCUGUGGGCGGGGGUAUAUCUGAAAGCUCCAAGUUUUGAGUUCUAGUGCGCUUUCUUUGCACUAAGCACACACUCAGAAUUUUGGCUAACAGUUUAGGCUGAGUGUGUGUGUGUGUGCGUGCGCAUGUGCACGCACAAGCACAGGUGCAUAUCCAUGUAGGUGCAUGUGUUCGUGGAUGCUUGUGAAUGUGUGUGUGCGUGCAUGUGGCAGAGAUCAACUGUGUUUGUCAUUCCUCAGGAUCUAUUCAGCUUGUUGUUGUUGUUUUUUUUUUUCCUAAGCACAUCGGCGUAGAACUCAUAGAGCAAUGGAGACUGGCUGGCCAGUGAGCUGCAGGGAUCCACCUUUCUGCCUCCCCAGGGCUGGGAUUAUAAGUGUGGGCCACCAUGUCCAGUUUUACAUUGGUUCUAAGGAUCCAAAGCAGGUCCUAGUGCUUGUAUAGCAAACACUUUACUGAGCAAUUUCCCCGACCCCACUCCAGGGAAAAGACAGCAGCACAGUUAGGAGGCAGUAGGGGUGUGGUCUCCAUAGCCUCGUACAGCAGCAGAAGCAGAGACCCAGUGACAAACCCAGAAUCUUGAAUCUUCGCUUAAUCUUUUGCUGGCCACUGCUUCUCAGACAUAGCCUUUCCAGAGGAACAGGGGAGUCAGGCUUUGUUGCAAGGUUGCCCAUCAUGGGGCAGGGGUCUGGGAAAGCUCAGAAACAGCUUUCAGCUGGAGACCAGGAAGGGCUGCAAUCAACCACCUUUGUUUGCUUUUUCUUUCAAGUUCCUAUGCUGGUAUGUAGUGACUCACUGGAGAGCUGGGUUUUAGUGUGUUAAGUAAUGCAUGAUGUAGCUUCUCUUCUCCCAGGCUAUGAAGGCCUAUCUCUGGCUGCUGCCAAGAAGGAGCUGUCUGGGACAGAGCACCCCUGCCCCCAAGAGCCUGGUACACCAUUGCCUGUCCUUUAAUUGCUGAAGACAAGGGCCAUCUAGAAAGCCUGGUAGUGGUGCAGUUCAGCUCAUUCUGGGGCAGAAAAAUGUGAAUUCCAUGUAUUUUGCAGAGAAGUUGGUCCUUCUGUACUGUCUCCAGUCCCUAUGACCUACUGAGUACGAUCUCAGCCCAGAAGAAAAUGACUUCUUAUACUCUCUUACACCUAAAUUCUUGGAAAUUUUGUUUCCCAUUAGCAAAUUCUUACAGGCUAGGGAUUGGAAAGAGUUUUCUCGUGGGCUGGCUCAAAGAGUUGACCUGUCUCCUCCAUCUGACAGGCCUCUACAGCUGAUUCUCCACCCCACCUUGGCAAAUACUAAGUGUUGCUAGGCAACCUGCAUCUGGGUCAAUCUUAGUCCUUGGUAUGACAAUUGCAACUCCCCUCUACAGCACCAGUCAAAAUGCUAGGUCCCGGCAGAUGGGGAGGAGGAGUCAGUUCAUCAAUCUCUUUAGGGCUUUUGGGAAAAGUCAAUUUAGUCAUAUGCCUAAAUGAGAUAGGGCCAGGCUGUGUGCCUGGGAGAACCUGGGCAGUAGAGAAUAAGAUAAUUGCUGUCUCCCAGGAAACUGGGUUCUGGGCAGUCCAGAGGUCAGUGGCAGCAUAUCUGCAUUCUAUGGAACUGACUGGCUUAGCAUGAUCUUGAUAGCCUAGGCUCACCCCAGGCCAUCCCUAUCCCUCGGUUCAAGAGCAGUUGGCCCAGUGUGGGCCUAUACCAUUGGGCAUUCCUACCAAGUUCUCUGAUGUGUUUCACUGUAACUGUCACUAAAUGUUUAAACAGCAUGUCCCCAUGAAAUACAGUGCCUUCACCAUGGUCACAAAUUCUGGUACCUUUGUGCAAAAGUUGUGGUUGGUUUUUUGCUUUUUUGUUUUUUAAAUCUGGGGGUAUAGUUUAGCUGGCAACAAAACUGUCUCUAAGUGUGGAUUGUUCAAGCUACUCCCAGAUACUACUAACAGCUGGGAUCACAAUGUGACCUCUGCUCUUAGACAGACAGCCUUGAUCUCCUUCCUAGCCUUAAGGUACUCCUCAUGUAUGCUGCACUGUCUGAAUAUGGCCAAGAACAUCUUGCAGGCUUUGUCUAGCUUCAGUUGUGGGUCUAAUUUGGAACCUGUUUUGUGGUAUGGGCUGGGAUACAUGUGGCAACCAACUUUCACAGAUUCACGGCAGUAUCUCCCGAACAGCCAGAGCACUGUCCACAUCCUCUUUACCCAGUAGAUCCUGGACACUGGAGCACUGACUGCACUCCUUCACAUACCCAGAUGCCUACCUAACCAGCAAACCAUGGUGUUUUUGUAGCAUCGAGCCAUGGAAUGAAGUCACAGGCCUGAGGAUGAUCGGCCUAUGUUUGAUUAGUCUGUGGAUCUGCUGAUGGGAGCUGGCAUCAACAGUAUGGUCCUAUUGGAUCCUAGCAGACCUUUUUGCUACAGUGGAGGAUACUGGAGGCUGCCCUCUUCUGGUUGGAGCAUCAUGGCAACAGUAAAAGAAAGAACUCUCCAGCCAGGCUUCCCCCAUCACUGGGCACAUUUUUGGUGUCAGCAAUGUAAACCACAGCUUGUCGUGGCCUUAAUUUGCCAUUCUUUGCUAAGGAUGACACUGAGGAGUUUUUACUGUGCUUAUAUAUGCCUUCUCUGAACAUGCAUUCACAAGUGAACACAUGCACAUCAGGUCUUACCAAUGACUUAAGACGGACUUCCUGGAAUUCUGACAUUACACGAGAAGUCCAUGAUAAAGCAACUUCUGCAAUAAUAUUCAGCAAUAAAUGCUGGGACUCUAAUGCUAACUACAAGACCAUUUUAUUUGGAAUCUAUAACCUACUAGUGAAAACUUGAGGCAAUAGCUGAACAUGAUAAAGUCACAUGGGGGACAGAACCACACUGGGCUGGCAUCUCAGAGCUGACAACAAUAAUAUCGGCGACAGGACAGGAGCUCAUGUAAGGUGAGUGGAUCUGGGUUCUGAGCAAGGAGAGCCUCCUGAAUGCACACCGCAGACAGCGUUCUGGAUUCAAGAACCAGGUCAAAGGCAAAAACACUUAGCUAGGGAUUGCUUCUUUGAAGUUUUACUUCAGAUGUUAUACUUCUGUUCAUGAUGUGGGGUGGCAGACCCUCCUCCCUCUGCGAGCUCUCCUUCCGAGUUAGCAGCCAUGACAGGUUCUAGUGAUGGAAAAUGCAGUGCCACCUCUGCACUAAAGUCUGAGUUAGCAGACGUUCUCCUCAGCUCUGCCCUCCAGGGGCAGUAAGAUGUGCAUCCCCAGAGCAGCACCUAGAGUCGUGCAGCCUCACCAGCUGCAAUGCUGACCCCAACCACUGCAAAUGACAGAGGCUUUCUGUGCUACACUGUCUUAGCUCGGAUCCGGUGGGGGUUUGGCUGUCCUGUGGCCUGCCCCCCGCCCCCUCUUAGCCCAAGGAGAUUCUGGCUGACAAAUGCUGUGGGCUCUUAAGAUAAUUCGUGUGUGUGUUGGUUUGCUUUUCAGUUUGGCACUUGCCUUAGUGUGGGUAGCUAAGAGGUCUAGAGCCAGUGGACAAAGUGGUGGGGCCAGAGGUUUCCUCAGAGCCAUGGAUGGGCAUCUGAUGAGCAGAUCUUGGUGGCUGUGGUUUCCUGAAAUGGACUGCCUUUCUCCUGAUGGACUGUGGAGAGCUUUGGCUGGGCUAUCUCCUGGGAGCCGGGUGAGGAAGAGGCACCUCAUAGCUGGAUGGGAAACCUGACUCCAGAUUAGGGCUAGGAGGAGCUGAACAGCCUUGACAGGCUGAGAGUCAGAAUCCAGGCUUCCUGUUCCUCAUAGUUUGGUUCCCCUUCCAUCUACUUGGGAAUCUUGGCUUCUUCCUGCAUGCAGCCAGUGGGGCUGAUGAGGGUGGGAAUGGGCCUGGGUUACAGCUCCCAAAGAAAAUCAGACAAGGUUUCACGUGAUUUCUGCCAGCCCAUACGAUGGGAGCUGGGAGACUUUAUUCAUUUCAGGGGAAGGUGAGAAAGGAAUGAGACAAAGUGUGCACUGAAAGGCAGGGGUAAUACUGAUACAAGGGCACAAUAAUGGCAUCAGGGACAACACAAGAGCCUAACAAAGCACAGGGGAUGGGCGGUCCGUCAUCACUGGCCCAGGGGUCAAGUGUACCCAGAUUUCUUUCCAGACUUAACAAGGAAGCUUGGGACCCCAGUGCAUCGAACUGGAGUGAGGGGGUCCUAGCACAGGACUCACAGCUAGUACAGUGACAGCCCCACCUGGCUGGAGAUGCUGCUGGGAGAGGCUGUGGUACCCGUAGGGAGAAUCCCUAGCUCCCACCUCCACUCCUUCAGAGAAUACCCUUGCCCUUCACACCUCUGGCUUAUUGGUCCCCACCUGUGCAUCCUUGCACUUUAACACCACUGACAGCAUGUCAGGGUGGGCGCUGAUGUGUUAAGCCCAAACUCAUCCCAGGUAGGAAAGCUGGGGUGGUACACGGGCACAGACCUCAGAGCACAAAGCCUGCACAGCUAUCAUUAGACCUACUCCUCCCCUGAGCCAGGAUGUCUUCCCAGCUGGAAAGGGGUCAGGGCAUGAUCUGACUGGACCAGACAUCAGCCAUGGUCAGUCUCCUGAAUCUGUUCCUCAGUACCCAGUCUCUAGGCUUCAUCAUCAAGUCUGGGGCCAGCGGGCUGCUGUUCUACCCGCUUGGCCAUGCCCACUAAGGAUGGGUGGCUAGCAUGACAGUUCGGGGGAACAAGGAAAUAUGAGGUUAUGGAGGGGGAAAGGACUGGCAGGUAGCUGGAUGGAGAAGGAAGGUUCUCUGGAGCUAGCUUCCCAGUGUUUUGACCCAACACCAAACACAAGGAACCUCUCUGCCCAUGCCACCUCCACCAACCAGCCUCCUCUGACCUCACCUUGACCCUCUUCAGCCAGCAGUCCCCAAGGGUGGGGUAGAAGAGCUGAAAGGGCAGGCCUGAGUCAGGAGGUCUGCAGACAUCUGCCAGAUCCCUGGCUCUUAUAGGAAGUGAGAUGAGGUGAUGUCAUGGAUGGUGACUAAGGCCUCAAAGUCCUUGCCUCUGCCUCCCCAGAAACCAGACAGCCAGGCCAGCCCCCAAGAGCACAGCCUGUGUAAAUGGCCACAGAGGGAAGCGUGGCUUGCUACAUAUGAGAAAGAGUAAAAAAUAAAAUAAUAAUAAAAAAAGCACCACUGUGGCCCAUGACAGCCUAUGACAGUCUCCACAGGCCGGACGCCCUUAGCCUGGGAGAGGUGAACAGCAGGGGUGUGUGUACCCCUAGCCAUCAGCUGCUCCCUCAAAUCCUGAACAAGUCGGGGCUCCCCCUGCUUCCUUCUUUCCUGGGCCUCAGAGGAACUGGAGCUCAGCGCUCCUGUCCUAAGGCUCUGGGACCUGGUGCUGUUCUCCAAAUACACCUGACUCUAGCUCUCCCCACACCUCCUUCUCCCAUAUUUUGUCAUAUCUUGAAGUUUCCAGAGACACAUAGGGCUGCUGUCCCAGGGAUAAGCAGCCACACUGAGAUCCAAAAAAGAUCUUGUCCAGUCUUAUACCUCUCAAAGAAGGCAUGGGAGCUACUGCCAUCCCUACUCCCUGAACUCUGAGAUGGAUCAAAUAGUGUCAUGUCUUUUCAUGGGUCUGGCUAGAGGGUGUAGCCUAGGCUAUGCACUUUCCAAGGGCCCCCCUGACCCCAGGAGGAACCAGGCAAGACAAGGGACUAAACACUCAGCCCCCCCCCAUGGUGCCUGUGCUGGGCCCAGGAGCUGUUGGUGUGUCACCAGCAGGGGCAUCCCUCUUCCUCCUCCUCCUCCUCCUCCUCUUCUUCCUCCUCCUCCUCCUCCUCCUCCUCCUCCUCCUCCUCCUCCUCCUCCUCCUCCUCCUCCUCCUCCUCCUCAUUCCAGCCACCAUCCAUUUCCAGGCAGGAAGAAUUCCACCCUUCUAUCCUACUCUACCCAGCAAGCACAAACUCAGCCUCUGCCUGCAGGAUGGGGCUAAGGAGAGAGAUACAGGAAGUGGCUCCUGCUGCCUUUGGGAAACUUUAAACUGUCACAUUUUCCACCCACAGUCUCCCCACAACCAGCCCAUGCUCUCUACCCCAGACAUUGUGGACUGAUACUCCCUCAGCUAUGGUGAUCACUUCUUGAACUGGUAACUUUUAAAAAAUUACAAUUCAUAUAUUAGUUCAGAGCCUUGGCCUAAAAAAAAAAAAAAAAAAAAAAAAAA